ACAUUUUGAGUUGUUCUUUGACGAGGCAAGCUCGUCAUUGUUGGACCAAGCAAGCAGUGCGACGUGUGAGUCCUCUUCCAAAUUUUCUGCAAAUAUAUCUUCCAAUAGGGUUGACGCUUUCAUUCAUCUCUUCUUCCUCGACGAACCCGCGACCAUCAUCAUCAUCAUCAUCAUGCUCGCCUCGUUUCCCAUUCGUUUUCAUUUCGUAUUGCAACGUUUCCGAUCCGUUAAUUUCUAAUCACGAGGCAGGUAAUUAAUCGCGGAAGAUUCUCGAUCAUCACCUCCUCCCUCGUAACAAACAAGAAGAAGAAGAAUCUGAAAGAUCGUGGUUAAGGUUUAGGGGAAUCGGAGAGUUUCAUAUCCGGCAGAUCUCCGGCAAGAAAUGGGAGGAAAUGGGGCGGCAAAGCUGGACGACCAACAGAUUGCCGAACUGCGGGAGAUUUUCCGGUCGUUCGACCGCAACAACGACGGGAGCUUGACCCAGCUGGAGCUGGGGUCGCUGAUCCGGUCGCUCGGACUCAACCCGAGCGCCGACCAGAUGGAGUCGCUGAUCCAGAAGGCCGACCGGAACAGUAACGGGCUGAUCGAGUUCUCCGAGUUUGUUGCGCUGGUGGAGCCGGAGCUCGUGCCGGCCAAGUGCCCGUACACGGAGGAGCAGCUCCUGAAGAUAUUCAACAUGUUCGACCGGGACGGCAACGGGUACAUAACCGCCGCUGAGCUGGCGCAUUCCAUGGCCAAGCUGGGCCAUGCCUUGACGGCGGAGGAGCUGACUGGGAUGAUCAAGGAGGCUGACACCGACGGAGAUGGUUGCAUCAACUUUCCCGAGUUCGCUCAGGCCAUAACCUCCGCUGCAUUCGACAUUUCCUGGACUUGAUCCGCUCCCCCAUAGCUUUUUCAUUUCAUCUUCUUCUUUUCCAUUCAUUUUUGCAGUGGAUUUGGUUGCUCUUCUAUUAUACUUUCUCAUCUGGCAGCUGUGUUUUGGCUUUAGCAUCUGUUACUCCUCUCAUCCAUAAUGUCAUGUUUUUCAUACUCUAUAUUUAAUAAACGUGCAAAGUAAAAAAGGAACAGAUCAUUC